GUGCCCCUUAUACGCAGCGCCUCGAUCUGUUUCUCUGUCUUGAUGGCGAUGGAUGGGAUGCGGGGAGCGUUUUGCUGCGCUCUCGCAUCGCGUAGAGCCUUUUCUGCCUUGUUGCAGGUUUAUUCUGCAUGCCGCCGCUCUUUGUCACCCUUUUGCUUUCCCAAGCAGCUCUGUCAAGUUUCCAUUCACUUUGAGUUACAUUAUACCCCUUCCAAAGUGGUUUCCUUCCUACUUUUAGGGCUGUAAUCAAGUUUUGCUGUUGUUGGUGCCUUUGAGCAGGCAGUGCCACGGUGUCAAAGAGCAGCACAAAGUUCUCUUUCCAGUAUUGCUUCGUGGUUUAAGCUACGUGUGUUUGUCUGAAUCACCUUCCAGGUCCAACUGCACGUUUAUGGAGGAGGAAUUGUCUCUUUCUGUCUGGGUUCGGUCUGUACCCACUUGUAGCCCGUGGUAAAGGAGCAUCUUUGUUUAUAUCCAAACCAUCACAGAUAAUACAGGGUGCACAUAGGUGGGAGCUGAGGGUGCUGGGCUGAGGACUCUGCAUGGCCUGGGAUGAGGAAAAGGGACCAGGAGGGCUCAGAGCUCCAUGUUUAAGUAUUCAGAGAAGGAUUUGAGCACGUUUUGAAGUUUGGGAAAGCUGCAUCUCUGAGGGAUUUCCUACAGUUUGAAGAGAUAAUUAACGAGGAUAAUUAAAGAGGGAAUUUCACGGCACGGGUGCAGUAUUGAAGGGUCUCCUUUGAGUUUACAUCUGGCAAGGACGGGGUUCAAGGACGGAGCUCUGUAGCUGUGAAGCCUGGAAUGCAGCGGGUGAAGUUGGCGGUGAAUUUUUAAGGCACACUUGUUGGGUUUGCGAUGUGCUGACAGCCAGCGGGUCUACAAGGGCAGAAACACCCCGACUCUCCUAUAACACCUCUUUGUCCCAUCCAGCUCAAGCCUGGGUUGGGUCCUGAGCAGCCAAGACCAACAAGGAAUGGCUCCAGUGGAAAAUAUACGGCUGUUUCCUAUUCUCUUAAUCUCCCUUUUGCUCCCACCACGGCCAACUGGUGGGGAUUGUUACAGGCUUCAGUCUUGUGCUUAAAUAAAACCCUGGCUUAAGGUGAAAGCUGGGGGGUAAUUCAACAAAUGGGCUCACUGGGGGAUAUUCCUCUGGCCAGCAUUGAUGCUGUGGUCCCGAAUCUUGGUAAUAAUCCCUUAAAGAACAGCACGGGGCUCUCAGUGAUGAGGUUGUUUUCCCAGGCUAUAAAUAAAGAGCUAUAUUUGGAACAAAAAAAAAAUAUAUAUAAAAUAAAAGACCCAAAAAAACGCAUAGCGUCUUUAUAGGCAAAAUUGUACAGAGGGAAAUGUGAUGGAAAAUGUGAGUCAGAUGAGCUGAUGUGUGAGGCAUUUCCCUGUGGGGUCACUGGGCUGAAAAACGUUUCGUGUGCCUAAAGUUGAACAGAUGUGUGCUGAGCCCCCAGCCCGGCCCCACCGUGUCGUGUGCUCCAUUGACACACGGAGCUGUUUUGGAUCAUCCCAAUACUCAACACGUGCCCACAGCACGUUAUUAGCAGGAUUGCUUUCAAGCUUGAAAUUAAGCGUAUGCUGAAGCAGGAGUGAGGGAUUUCUCCCCAUUAGCUUUCUUAGAUGAAAAUCGCUGCAUUCAGCCAGCACUGUGCCUAAAUAAGGGCACCAUACCAGCUUUCGGCUCUUACAGAUAUUAGUUCCACCUUUUUAGGUAGGCAUUUGUUAGGAGGCAAUUAUGAUCGCAUGUGCUUGACCUUGUUUAAGAUAUUGCUGAGAGAGGACAUCUGUUGUGGGUGAUCAGCAGCUUUUGCUGUUCCUUCCAAGCAUUCCAGGUUGCAUUCGGUGGCGCUGCAGAGGUGGAUGAUGAUUAUGUUCGAUGCUUUUCCUUUGCUGUGUUCCUCUUGGCCAUUGAUUUGCUUUGCCCAGGUGGUUUGAUUUGCCUCUGUGCUCACACACUGCUGCUUCUGCUGAAAUCCCUUCUGGAAGGUACAGCGUUGUUUCCACUUUGCUCUCCUGAUUGAGUCUUUAUGUUGGUUUCAAACCCAAGGAUGGCUGUGGUUUGCUGCUGGAAGAUGCCGUGUGUGCGGUGAUGAGCUGUGCUAGUGGCAUGAGGGUGUGUGGGCUCUGCCCAUAGCAGCAUUCAGGGAGCAUUGGGCUCUACAAAGGUGGUUGAGCUCCAGCCAAGUUGUUUGAGCUCCAUUGAAGGUGGUUGAACUCCAACCAAGUUGUUCAAGCUCCAAUGAAGGUGGUCGAGCUCCAACCAAGAUGGUUGAGCUCCAAUGAAGGUGGUUGAGCUCCAUUGAAGGUGGUUGAGCUCCAUUGAAGGUGGUUGAGCUCCAACCAAGAUGGUUGAGCUCCAUUGAAGGUGAUUGAGCUCCGGCAAAUGCCUUUGAGCUCCAACAGAAAUCAUAGAGCUUCAGCAGAAGUCUUUGAGCUCCUACAAAGGUGGCUGAGCUCCAGCAGAGGUCUUUGAGCUCCAACGAAGACUGUGGAGCUCUAGCAGAGGUCACAGAGUUUCAAUAGGUUGCCCAGAAUGGUGAUUCCUUGUGCACACUGAUGUUUUUCCCCUUCCUGACUCCUGGUGACCUGCUGGAGCCUGGCUGAGCGCUCAGCUGCCAGUGGUGGUGUGUAUUCUGGGGCCUUGGGCUUAGACGUUGGGUGGUGGGUGGCAUGCAUUGGGUUGGCUCUGUGUUAGGGUGCUUUCAAAUGGGGUUAAAAAGAAAGCAAUAGGGUUCUUAUAUCUGAAACAUGUAAAAGGUUUCCAGCACCUUCCUGGUGUGCUGCCUUCCAUGCAGCAUCUACCCCUGAAUUUACUAAAAAAGGUAAUCUGGAUUUCAUACUGGACAUUUCUUAGGUGGUUAAUUAAUGGCUCCAUUUAACUUAAAGCAGGCAUCGCUCAGCUGACUAUCAAAUAGUUGAGCUGUUUUCAAAAGGAGAGGUGUUUUCAUAUUGGAAACCGAUUCCUGGGAUAUUUCAAAGGAACUUUGAAGAGUUUGGGAAGCAGCUCACACUAAUCUUUUAUGUGGUCAUCUCUGCUCCCUGGCUCAAUGGAAGUCUUCGCUCCCAUUGUACUCUGCAGUUGGAAUUCUGACACAGGCUGUACUGUGACCUCUCUCCUCUGCAGGAAAUGACUCUUUACUCCCACUCUCUGUUGGUUGUCACUCGCUGUUUCUCCCCAUAGGACAGUCCCUGUCCCAUUAUGGCCUUGUGGUUUCCUGGCAAGAAGCCUUUGAGAGACAGCAGCAACUCUUGUAAAUGUCAGCAGUCUGCACUGCCUGUUGUGUGCUGGAAGUCCCCAUACAGAAUCCUGUCUGACUUUUUCUCCUGGAAAAAAAAGUAUUGCCUGAUGAUUCAACCUAUAUUUUCAUACGGUCUUAUUUGUCCUGUAUGAGUGUGGGGUUUGGAGACCUAGAAUGUGCCAGGAUUUGCCUUGGAACCAUUGUCUUGAGGAGUCCCUCGAGGAGUGGGGGCUGUGCCUAUUUCUUGCACUGUGAGUACAGAUAUGGGGACAUGGCUUUGUUUUUCCCGUGUGUCACUGUCCUCUCUUUUAUCAGCACCAAGCAGUCAGCCUGUUCCUGGUGGGGCUUCCUGGGCAUUUCUUGAGGAGCCUCUGAAGCAGCGGAGUGGUGGUGGAGUAGCUGCAGGGAUGCCUUGGCAUCUUCCCCUUUCUUCAGAUGGACUCGAGGCUGAUACGUUCAUUCUCUGACAUUCCUGCAACUUCUGAAGGAUGCACACCCCGGCACAGCAUGCUGUCUUGCUAACCAGGAGGAGACUUCCCAAAAGCCUGCAAAGGAGACGUAGAUCUUCGAGCAAGUCCUGGCGGCUGGAGCUUCCCGAUAGCAGGUAAAAUAAUUAGACCACCAUGAGUUGGAGCUUUCUGACCCGUCUCUUAGAGGAGAUCCACAACCACUCCACCUUCGUUGGUAAAAUCUGGCUGUCGGUGCUGAUCGUGUUUCGGAUCGUCCUGACUGCUGUGGGAGGCGAAUCCAUUUAUUAUGAUGAGCAAAGCAAGUUUGUGUGCAACACGGAGCAGCCUGGCUGUGAGAACGUUUGUUACGACGCUUUUGCUCCUCUUUCUCACGUGAGAUUUUGGGUGUUCCAGAUCAUUCUCGUUGCCACUCCAUCCGUCAUGUAUUUGGGCUACGCCAUCCAUAAGAUUGCCCGGAUGGUGGAGCACAGUGACAUUGACAGAAGGUUCAGAAGCAAAAGCUUUUCAAUGCGCUGGAAACAACACCGCGGCUUGGAGGAGGCUGAGGAUGACCACGAGGAGGACCCGAUGAUGUACCCAGAAAUAGAGCUGGAAAGCGAACGGGAGAACAAGGAGCAGCAGCCCCCUGCUAAAGCCAAGCACGACGGGCGGCGGCGAAUCCGUGAAGAUGGACUGAUGAGGAUCUACGUGCUGCAGCUGCUGGUGAGGGCGAUGUUUGAGAUUGGCUUUCUGAUCGGUCAGUACCUUCUGUAUGGUUUUGAGGUCAGCCCCGUGUUUGUGUGCAGCAGGAAGCCCUGCCCCCAUAAGAUAGACUGCUUCAUUUCGAGGCCGACCGAAAAGACCAUUUUCCUGCUCAUAAUGUACGGGGUGAGCUGUAUGUGUUUGCUUUUGAAUGUGUGGGAGAUGCUCCAUUUAGGGUUUGGCACGAUCCGGGACACGUUAAACAACAAGAGGAAAGAGCUGGAGGACUCUGGUACCUACAACUACCCCUUUACUUGGAACACGCCCUCUGCUCCUCCUGGCUAUAACAUUGCAGUCAAACCCGAUCAAAUGCAAUACACAGAACUGUCCAACGCCAAGAUGGCCUACAAGCAGAACAAAGCCAACAUUGCUCAGGAGCAGCAGUACGGCAGCAACGAGGAGAACAUCCCUGCCGACCUGGAAAACCUGCAGAGGGAAAUCAAAGUGGCUCAGGAACGCCUGGACUUGGCGAUCCAGGCAUACAACAACCAAAACAACCCCAGCAGCAGUUCCAGAGAGAAGAAAUCCAAAGCAGGCUCCAACAAAAGCAGUGCCAGCAGCAAAUCAGGGGACGGGAAGAACUCUGUCUGGAUUUAACCUUGGCUGAGUUUAUAUGUUGUCUUUUUUUCUCACAACCAGCAACCCGUUGAGUAAUGGCUUCCAUUAAGUAAAUAUUUGGUUCUGCUUAUUUUCAGGGAUACUGUUGGCUAGCGAUUCCAGCUCUAAGAAAGUGUUUAUAUGCAUACUGUAGGACUGUACAACUUUAUUCUUCUGCCUUCCAAGCCAGGAGACAAAUAGGUAUAUUUAAAUCAUUCUCAUUGAACGGUUUACUCUGUAUGUACAGUACUAUCGUACACUUAUUAUGCACAAUUUUUUGUAUUUGUACACUGGAUCUCCGAAGUUACCCUUUUUUUUAUACGAAAGGAGGAACCUGUAGGUAGCUGUUAGCAUUUUGCUGGUUUUAUUACUGUGGUUCGUCAACGUUUUCUGUUUGUUUUCAGUGUCAGAACUUUCUAUGCUGCAUUUGAGAAGUGCCUUGAACACACAGCACCGGGGAGCCCGGUUAUCCACUCCCUUAGAGCAGGGGGAGGUUCAGAAAACACCCGCUGAUGGUGCUCUUGACUGUACCUUUUUACAGAACUGAUGUGCUACUUACAAGUGGAAGUGUCACGCUAUAGCUGUUACAGGCUACGUUCCUUAAUCCUAUGGAAAACGACUCAUGAUUCCAUAUAUUUAUGGAUUUAAGAGGUUUCUGAGGUCUCUCGUUGCAUAACAUCCACGUGUCCCAUAGCUGCCUAUGUGGGGGCCACCACUUGCCUGUCUCACCCAGAUGGCCCUGUGUCCCUUGUUCCCUGGGGUCACUGGGAUGCUCAUUCCCCUGGUCCCUUUUGUCCCCCUUGUCCCCCUUGUCCCCCAGUCCUCUUUGUCCCCUGAGGUCAUUAGGAUGCUCGUUCCUUUGGUCUCGUCCCCCUUGUCCCUGUGAGGUCACAGGGAUACUUGAUCCCCUCAUCCUAUUUGUCCCCUGUGUCUUCUGAUCCCUUAUCCCAUGGGGUCAUUGAGAUGCUUGUUCCCCUGGUCCUUUCUUGCCCCACGUCCCCUUGUCACCUGGUUCCAUGUCCCAUGAGAUCAUGGGGAUACUCGUUCUCCUGGUCCCAUUUGUCCCCUUGUCCCCUGGUUCUGUUUGUCCCUUGGGGUCACUGGGAUGCUCAUUCCUCCGUUCCCUUUAGUCCUCCUUGCCCCAUGUCCCCUUGUCCCCUAUUCCAUGAAGUCUUGGGGAUUCUCAUUCCCCUUGUCUCCAGAUACCCUCAUCCCCUGAUUUGCUGUCCUAUGAGACCAUGAGGAUACUCUUUCCCCUUGGCGCUUUUGUCCUUUGUGUCCCCUGGUCUGUUGCCCACUGGGCUCAUUGGGAUGCUUGUUCCCCCAAUCCCAUUUGUCUUCCUUGUCUCCAUGUCCCCUGUUUCCCUCUCCCAUACCAUCAUGGGGAUUCUCAUCCCCCUGGUCCCAUUUGUCCCCAUGUCCCUUUGUCCCAUGCUGUGAUUGGGAUGCUUAUUCCCCAUGUCCCCUUUUGUCCCCACAUCUCCCGCUCCCUCACUGCGUUUUUUCAUCCUAUGGAAAACAACAACUAUCUCCACAUAUUUCCAUACUGAAGAUGUUUCUGUGUUCUCUCGUUGUGUAACACCCCGCUCCCCCGGGGCUCCGAGUUGUUCCAGUACCUUUUGGGGAGGAUUUCUGUGUUUCUGAAGUGAUGUGGUUGGAUGGAGUCGUGGCCGUUCUGCUCCCUCGGCCCUGCGCACACAAUACUGUCUGUACAGGUUUUUACCAAACCCUUCUGAAUAUAAAUGACUAGAAAGGAUAAUGCCUUAUCCGCGACCCCUCUUCCUCCUGUCACGUCCGAGGGGCCGAGUUCAGACGGAGCAAUAUAUUGUACUGUUUAAUUUCUGCUUGAGAGGCCGGUCAGAUCCGUGGCAUUCUGCGCUUUUGGCAUUCAACUUGAAUUUAUAAUUAGAACAACAACAAAAUAAGGUUGUGGGGGGGGAAGGAAAAAGGAGGGAGAGAUGUGGUAUUUAGUGCCCCUGGCUGUGUCUUUUUGGCCAGGGUGAGCAUUCAGAUGUGAGGGAUGCAGAGAAAUGGAUGCUUUUGGUUACUCUAAGGAACACUUUGGGUCUUUGCUCUGCUUCCUUCAUUCCUAUGGCAGUUCCAGCAGUGCCCACAGUGCACCUUUGCUCUGAGGACGUGCAUGGAAACCCCCCGUGUUGAUGUCUGUGGCUGUAGUUGGUUCCGAGGCUUCGGGUUUGGUUCCUUUUUCCUUGGGAAGAAAUGAUAACGCAUUACUUGAAAAUGCUCUCUUGCUUUGGCUUGAUGCAGGCCGUCCUGAAAUAAACACCCAGAACUGAUUUUGGACCAAAAAAAAAAAAAAAAAAAAAGAGCGUACCUUGAGUUUGUGUUAACCUCUGGUUCUGUCUAUUAAAUGCAGUGGGUUGCAGAAAA